ACCCUACUACUAUCUCUUUCUCUCUUCAUCGUUCUCUCUCUCUCUCGCCUCGUUCACAAAUCUCUCGCAAUUCUCAAGCUCUUGAAAGAUGCAGAUCUUCGUGAAGACUCUCACCGGCAAGACCAUCACUUUGGAGGUUGAGAGCUCCGACACAAUUGAAAAUGUGAAGUCGAAGAUCCAGGACAAGGAGGGCAUUCCUCCGGACCAGCAGAGGCUUAUCUUUGCUGGUAAACAACUCGAGGACGGCCGCACACUCUCAGAGUACAACAUCCAAAAGGAGUCAACCCUCCACCUCGUCCUUCGCCUCAGAGGCGGUAUGCAAAUCUUUGUAAAGACUCUCACCGGAAAGACCAUCACCUUGGAGGUUGAGAGCUCCGACACGAUCGAAAACGUCAAGGCCAAGAUCCAGGACAAGGAGGGCAUCCCCUCGGAUCAGCAAAGGCUCAUCUUUGCAGGCAAACAACUCGAGGACGGUCACACUCUGUCGGACUACAAUGUUCAGAAAGAAUCAACCCUUCACCUCGUCCUACGUCUGAGAGGUGGCAUGCAGAUUUUUGUCAAGACCCUUACCGGAAAGACCAUAACUCUGGAGGUUGAGACCUCUGAUACAAUUGAGAACGUCAAGGCAAAAAUUCAGGACAAGGAAGGCAUCCCCUCAGACCAGCAGAGGCUCAUCUUUGCUGGCAAGCAACUCGAGGACGGGAGAACUCUGUCCGAUUACAAUGUUCAGAAAGAAUCAACUCUCCAUCUUGUUCUCCGUUUGAGAGGGGGGAUGCAGAUUUUUGUGAAGACCCUCACUGGAAAGACCAUCACUCUCGAGGUUGAGAGCUCUGACACAAUUGAAAACCUGAAGGGUAAAAUUCAAGACAAAGAAGGAAUCCUUCCCGAUCAGCAGCGGCUCAUAUUUGCUGGGAAGCAAUUGGAGGAUGGCCGGACCUUAUCAGAGUACAACAUCCAAAAGGAGUCCACCCUUCAUUUGGUUCUUCGCCUCCGCGGUGGAAUGCAGAUUUUUGUGAAGACUGUAACUGGGAAGAGCAUCACUCUCGAGGUGGAGAGCUCGGACACCGUAGAAAAUGUCAAAUACAAGAUUCAGGAUAAGGAGGGUAUCCCCUGGUUUCAGCAGAGGCUCAUCUUUGCUGGGAAACAGCUGCAGGAUGGACGCACCUUGUCGGACUAUAAUGUUCAGAAGGAGUCUACUCUUCAUCUUGUCCUGCGCCUUCGUGGUGGUGGUUGUGCUGGUUUCUGAGUGUAGAUGAAUGGGUUUCUUAAAUUCUUUCUGUUAAGGUCAUGGUGUCUCUGAUCUUAGAUUCUCAGGCUGAUGAAACUAUAGCUGGUUAUGGUGUUCUGUGGGACCAUUAUGUGGUACUGCUUUCUUUAGAUUUGGACUUGGGUAUUCUCAUAAUAAAUUCUGUUUUCCAGUUUUUUCUGGUUUAAGAAUUUAAAAUUAGUUAAGUUUA